UUCUACAUUCAAGAUUUGAAUUUCAUAUUUACGCAAGUUUCCAAUCAUGUAGGCCUAUAACAUUUGAUUUGUGUCUUCCAGAUUCUUCCCACUGUUGGGCAGUGUGUUCAGCUUUGUUGUAUCAGACGUUGAAGAUAAAAUCACCAUUCUGAAGGCUCAUAGAGAAUCUGAUGUCAAAGAGAACUAUGAUGAUGUAGGUCAGAUGCUAGUCUAUGAACAACAACAAGGGUAUACUAAGUUGAAGAAAAAGAGCAGACAUGGAGCUCGGACUUUACUACGGUUACAUCGUGCGUUACAGUUUGUAAUUCAAUUCCUUACAGGAUUGAAAGAAAACACUGGCGACAAUCUCUCUGGGGUCACAUGGGAUGCAUACAAAUGCACCCUGGGUAAUUACCACCCUUGGAUUAUCAGGAAGACUGUAGGUGUGGCAGUGUAUGCUGUUCCCACGAGGCAGCAGUUGUUAGAGAAGAUGUCUAGCACACAUGAAGAGCCAGAGGUUGAUUUGAUGGAGACAUUAGGAAAAAUAAUCGAAGCAGCUAAUGUGGUUUAUGACAAUGUAGAACAUCUUUAUGCAGAAAACAAUUUACUCGAUCUAGCAUAAUUUUCCAAAAUAUUCCAUACACUGAUGUUCAAUUUUAAAUGACCAAUAUUAAACACCUAGAAUUCCAUGAUUAAUUUCAUGUUCAAUAGCAGAGAAUGAAGGGGUCAUUUGAAAGUGCAUUGGUUUAGUGUGUAAAAUAGCCAACAAUUUUUAUUAUUUAUUUUACUACAUGUAAUUCAUGUACUUAAAUUGAUUAAACCAACAUGUUGUUUAUAAUUGAAAUUAUAAGUUGUCAUUGUUAUUUUGACGUACAUGUAUGUUGAAUUGUUAGGAAUGACUGCUUUUGGUAAAAGUGAAUGUAUCAUUGAUAAUUAGAAUAAAGAGUGACCAAGGACUCAACUUUUAUUCACAA